AUUUGGUAUGAAGGAGAUUUUGUCGGCAAUAUUCGGCAUGGUAAAGGAAUAUACGUAAACUCUCGCAAACAGUCUUCUUACUGCGGAAACUGGCACCUUGGAACUAAACAUGGAAAAGGGGUAAUUUACUACGACGGAACAUUCAAAAAUAAUUACGACGGAGAUUGGGUCCAGAAUGUGCGUCAUGGCUACGGAUCUCGAGAAUAUUGCGCAAUCAGCGGGUACGAGGGCGAUUGGGAUCGAUACGUCCGAGAUGGCAAAGGGCUGAUGAUUUGGGCCAACCACGAUUAUUACGAAGGCGAUUGGUCAAAUGGUCUUAUGUCGGGACGUGGUACUUACAUUUGGAAUGCACAAUGCAACAAUACCUUGGCAUUACCAGUUAUUUCUGUCUACCGAGGUGAUUUUGAAAAGGGGAAUCGAAGCGGCAAAGGCGCGAUAAGUUUUGGUGUAGAUUGGGGUGCGCAUUACGAAGGAUUUUUUAAAAAUAACAAGAAACAUGGAAUGGGUAAAGUAGUCACCAAUAAUGGGUUGAUAAUUGAAAACGAUAAACUUUUCCGCUCCGAUAUUAUUCAACCAAUGCAUGAUGAGGAACAUAAACUUGGAGAAAGGUUGUUCGACUCAUUGCACUUUAACAUUUGUGACGGAGAUGUUGGACUGAGAUACCAUGUUGAGAAAGCUUAUGAAAAUUUGGACAGAGAGGCUGAAACCAAAGCAUGUAUAGUGAAUGAAUAUAUCAAAAACAACAGAUAUGUAGAAAUUGAUGUUUCACCAAAAGAGGUGGCAUUGAAAGAGGUGAUUUUUAUAGAUUCGCAAUAUAACCGAGAGACUUUUGAUUUUGAACAAAGAGUUCUGCACAACGCAGUGAGAGUCUACCAACCGUAUUUAGUCAGGAUUUAUUACAAGUACUGCGUGAUAUGUAACGAUGAACCUGUUUCAUUUACCCCUCAACUUAUAAGAUUGUUCAUUUGGAAGUUUUACUGGGAUUGUAACUUAAACGCUAAAGGACUGACGCUUGUUGAGAUAGAUAACAUACUUCAUUCUAACCCAGACUGGUGCUGUAAGUCACCACAUCAUCCUUUUCAGAAGAUAUUUUUCUGGCAAUUUAUACAUACCUUAAUAGCAAUUGCUUACAAAUUGUACCCUAGAAAAGCAUUACCAGGACCAAGGCCAGAUACAUUAGUAGCAACCGCGUUUAGAAAAUUUAUGGAAGAAGAUGUUUUGCCAGGAUGUAAUAAGCCACGAUUGGGGCGUUUCACUCAAAGUUUCGCCUCAUACAUUCCAUUGAAACCUUUAUACGGGUUGUACCUUUCGCUGGGAGAGCCUCAUACGGUGCGUCAAUUCAUCUGUGCUGUUCAUCGCCCAUUUCAUGCAGAAUCGCCCUUGGACAUUAUGGACGGACCUGAAGACAUUAGUCUUGGGAGCAACGUCUAUAUUUUCGGAGACCGUAUCAGCUUUGUCAUGGAUGAAAUAUUACCAUUUCAAAAAUAUACGGCGUACCGUGAAAAAGACGAGAAACCACAAUUAAAAGACAAACACUUAUUACUUUUCAAUUUCUCAAAUCUUUCUACUUCGACAUUGUUAAAGAUAUUCGCAAAUAUAUUUCCUCAGCUGCUGUGUCAGGGGAAGAUUUUGACUUUAGACAUAGAAAUGACGUUCUUCGAAUUUUUUGAGGCGUUUGUGGCUUGUGCUGAAGAGAGCAUCCGUUUGAAGGAAGUGGAGAUGCACUGGAGGCAAAUGUUUGCACGUACUGAUUAGAAACAGAGAUUAUGCUUAAUCUAUAUAU